ACGCGACAGGUUUUCUUUUUCCCCUUAUCUUUCUUUGCUCGGCACCUCCUCCCUAGCACAAGUCACCCAGCAGGUUCUCUGUUUGGGCCGAGCCCCCUUUUCACUACUUGUUGUUGUUAACCUCUCGACUCGGUCAAGAUGAGUCUCCACGCCACCGCCGAUAUCAACCGCAUUGAGGCUCCAGUUACCUGGAAGGCCUACCUUCUGUGUGCUUUUGCAUCAUGUGGUGGUCUCUACUUCGGAUACGAUUCCGGAUAUAUCAACGGUGUCAAUGGCAUCAAGAUGUUCGUUGACAUGAUCGACCCAGGAAAGAACAGUCUCUCUUCCUCACACUCGUCCCUCAUUGUCUCUAUUCUCUCCGCUGGAACUUUCUUUGGUGCUUUGAUUGCUGGUGAUAUCGCCGAGAAGAUUGGUCGUAAAUGGACUGUUAUCACUGGCUGUGUCAUCUAUUCCAUUGGUAUCAUCAUUCAGAUGCUCACUGGUGUUGGCGGCAGUGCGCUGGGCAUAAUCGUCUCUGGUCGUCUCAUUGCCGGAUUUGGUGUCGGUUUCGAAUCAGCCAUUGUCAUUCUUUACAUGAGCGAAAUUUGCCCCAAGGCAGUCAGAGGUGCUCUAGUUGGUUGCUACCAAUUCUGCGUCACUAUUGGUCUGUUGUUAGCCUCUUGCGUCGUGUACGGCACCGAGCACUACAGCAACACCGGUUCUUAUCGUAUCCCCAUUGCCAUUCAGUUCAUCUGGGCUAUCAUUCUCGGAACUGGUCUCCUAUUCCUUCCCGACUCCCCUCGUUACUACGUCAAGAAGGGUCGUGUCGAUGAUGCUAUCAACGCCCUCUGCAAACUUCGUGGCCAAUCCCGUGACUCUGAAUACAUCGAAUCAGAGAUCGCUGAGAUCGUGGCUAACGAGGAAUACGAGCGCAGCGUCAUCCCCGAUGCUAAUUGGUUCGGAAGCUGGAAAAACUGCUUCACUGGUAGCCUUUGGGUCCAGAAGUCCAACUUGCGCCGCACCAUCCUCGGUACCUCUCUUCAAAUGAUGCAGCAGUGGACUGGUGUGAACUUCAUCUUCUAUUUCUCCACUACCUUCUUGCAGUCCACCGGUGCUAUCAAGAACACCUUUUUGAUGUCUCUCAUCUUCACCCUCGUCAAUGUGUGCUCCACCCCUAUCUCUUUCUACACUGUUGAGAGAUAUGGCCGUCGUCCUCUUCUCAUCUUCGGUGCCCUUGGUAUGCUUAUCUGCCAGUUCAUCGUUGCCAUUGUCGGUAUCACCGCCGGUUUCAACAAGACCCACUCCGAUGGCAAUGGAGGCACUAUCGCCAACAAUAUCCCCGCCGUCAAUGCUCAGGUCGCCUUCAUUGCUAUCUACAUCUUCUUCUUCGCCUCUACCUGGGGUCCUGGUGCCUGGAUUCUCAUUGGUGAGAUCUUCCCUAUCCCUAUUCGUUCCCGCGGUGUUGCCUUGUCGACUGCCUCCAACUGGAUGUGGAAUACCAUCAUUGCCGUCAUUACUCCUUACAUGGUUGGAGAGGACCAUGGUAACAUGAAGUCCUCCGUCUUCUUCGUGUGGGGCGGUCUCUGCACCUGCUGCUUGGUGUACUCUUACUUCCUCGUUCCUGAGACCAAGGGUCUCUCUCUUGAACAGGUUGACAGGAUGAUGGAGGAGACCACUCCCCGUACCUCCGCCGGGUGGGUCCCACACACCACCUUCGCUACCGAGAAAGGUAUGGUCUCUGCCGAGCACGAAGAAGUCAAGCAGGCGACUGUCUAAAAUAGUCCUGCGGGUUGCAUGGAUGUAAUUUAUUGGGAGGAAUUUGUGACUUGAUCUUAUAAUGCGAAGGUCAAGGACUAUAAUGUGAUGCGGUUUUAAUUAUGGAUUUAUUCUUUUCGUUUUGGGUUAUGUUUCAGACAUGUACGCAUUCAACAUAUAUACCCCUGACGGUGUCAUGAUCUUGCAUGAAGGGAGGUGUCUUGUUACCGUAAUGAUCUUUAUGGAAUAUUGAUGAUUAUGGUGUAUACCUAACUACAUAUUUUAUUACAAAUAUCCUUUUCAA